AUGCUAGGCUGGGAGCGCGAGAAAAAUGCACCGAACACAAGUCUCAUCAAAGAUGACCCGGAAGAAGUCCAGAUGCGACCGGCAGAUACCAUCUUGCUCCUUCUGCCGACGGGCUGCCACUUGCUGUACUUACCCUACGGCCCGCUUGAAACCAGGGCCGAAACUUGGUGGGUUGAACGCCAUCGCUGGAAACCAAUCAUCUCACGACUUUUGAUAGGUUCGACCCAUCGCCAUGCUAGACUGAGGUCUCCGACUCAAGGAAAACCUCCCGACGAGCCUCGUUCAAUUACAUCCCCUAGCCUUGCCCUCCUGGAUAGAUCUGGUCGUGAUCCCACGACCAUCGCAAGUCAAGGUGAUGGGAUCCUCGCGUCGCCAGAAAAUCUGCCUUCAGAACCAUCUUCACCCAACAAGCUAGGCUCCAAUGUGGGAGCCCUGAAUUUGGCCAGAGCGAUCAGCCUUUCCCGAAUCUUGCAUCCAUCACACGAACCAUCUCCUGGUUCUAGAAUGGUGCAGAAGGAACCCCCUCAACCGGGCUUCUUGCUCGUCCUUGCAGGUGCCCAGGAAAAUUUGACCAAAGCUUGUGAGGCCCUCCGCAUGUCAAUUCUCCAAGCUCAGUCCAUGUUUGAUCUCUUCUUCGAGCUGGUAGCAGGAUUAAAUUCUCUGUCCCUCUUCCACCAGCCUUCCUUUCCAGACAAAGUGCGUUCUAUACAGGAUCACCAGCAUCUUAUUGCCCUAUUUGGCGCCAUGUUUUCCCUCUCGUCAAGAUUCUCCGCCGAUGACUCAUUUCUCCCAGGUAACGGCUCCGCCAGACCAUCUCAUGAAGAACUCCAUACCAUCUCCCUCCAAUACAUAAAUUCCUCUUUGGAGGCUUGCUCGAGCAACGCUCCGCCCCUUUGCCUACUACAAGCCAUCACUUUGGCGGGCUUCUACAAGCUAGUGAAUGGAGUCUAUGGACCAGCUUGGAGGCUAGUGGGUACCGGCGUUCGGAUCGCGUAUGAGCUACGACUUGACCUGAUCGAUUCCAAGGAAUAUGUUAGAGUACCGACCUGCGACAGUGAGCUUAUGGCUUGGACCGUCGACGAAGAGCGACGCCGUUGUUGGUGGGCAUUGUGGGAAAUGGACAUCUUUUGCUCAACGAUACAGCGCACACCCACUGCCAUCAACUGGAGUAUGAACGAGACGUUCCUUCCAGUCUCUGAUGAAUACUGGUUCACAAAUACGUACCAAGCCUCCUGCCUGCUCCAUGGAACCCCCGAAGAACGGUGGAAACGCCUCAAACAGGCCGGCAACGAGAGCUCUGUUGCAUGGGCCAACCUCUUUGCCUCGUUGAUGCACGACGGACGAAUCUUGUGUCAAGAAAGCAUGAAGGGUAUUGUUGCAAAUGCCGACCAUCAAAACGAUGCCUCAAAACUCGCCCAGUAUUACAGCAACCGUUACCGGCAGAAAACCCAAGAGUCGUCCGUUAGACUCUCCGAACUUGUUAGGGCAUACCAACAAACUGUGAAGAAUCUUCCCGCGUCUCUUUCUUACCAUGGCGAAUCUUUGUCCUUUGAUGUGGUUGAUGGAGAAGAUCCCUUCUUGGUGCGUCGGACAAGUUCAGCCAAAUAUAGCGUUCAUAUGAUGAGCGCUUCCGCAUGUUACAUGAUUUAUCAGAAUUCUGUCUUCGCCGACGUCGUCGAAGGAUUGAUCCUGAUGUCGUUUUCUGCAGACGGCCACGAGGCUUUCAGACCCGACACAGCGUCAAACGAAGAACCCAUGAUUCGCAAUGGCUUCAGGAAUUAUCUAGCAGCAAGUGAUAUGGUGCUACGGCUGGUGGCACAUUGUCCUGAGGAUCAUGCACGUUAUGUCAACCCGUACUAUGCGAGCACCAUAUGGAUAGCAGCUGCGAUAUUGGUUUUCAAAAGGAUGGCUCUGCGGGACAAUGCCUCUGAUCUUUCACAACGCCAGUAUGACCUUCUGCGCCGAUCAUAUCUCCAAUUCAGUAGGACCUGGGAAACACCGACCGCCUUGCUGCAGAACCUGGACUCUCUCGAAGCGAGGCUCGAGACUCGGCAAAAGGAAUUCGAACUAUCGGAGACCAGGGCCUGGAACAUUGACAUCGAUGAUCAGCGGAGCAACGGUGAGGCGCAAUCUUCCAUGACGACGGAGUCGACAAUGCGUCCGGCGUAUCAGGAUCGACCUUUCCACGACUGUGUGGGGUUGAGGGAUAAUCAAGGCAAUACAUCUCAGCCACCGAUCGGGGACUCAAACGAAAGCUAUUCUACUCUACUGGUAGAUGAUGUAGAGUGGCUGUCAACGACAGGGUCAGUGUUUGAUCCCGUGAUCAGCCAAGCUGUCUUUCCAGGACAAGGCGACAUCACCUGGCCCAAUGAGCUGUUCAUGGACAAUCUGGCUUGGUAUUCGUCCGAUGUUAUGGCAGGCCUGGUUCAUGGGUACACCAGCUGA